GUGAUUCCGGAGCUAUGCAGGAUUACUCCCGCAGCGUGCUGCUGUCUGGCUGUUGUCGGCAUAGUCGCAAUGAAUGGUGAGUUGUCCGUUUUUGCUUUCGCAGCAAGGGCGUCUGAGAUUCAGGCUUCUGCCACCUUGUGCUUGCUCUGCAGGUGGUGUUCCUCUGUCACGGCCACACUUCCUGCAUAGAGUUCACGAGCAAUGGCGUUUCAUCAAGCUCGAUCGCCAUCGGUCUCAGUCGCUGGCCGACCCCAUCAACAUGACCACCCCAGAGGAGCAUCGGCAAGUGUGGCUCACCAAGGAGAGCACCCAGCUCAUUAUGGGUCAGCCAGGGUGGCAGCUGACCCUCCUGCCGGCCAAGAUCGACGAGGACGCCCGGCCGCGGCCACUCCGCCAUCUGUACCGCCUCCAGGAUUUCCGCAAGCCGGCAAUGGACAUUGACGAGCAGGCGACCGACUACGACAGCCAGUGCGGCGUGCGCGUCUACUGGGGAGGUGAGCUGGUGGACGAGGUGCGCUAUGUGCCGGUCAAGAAGAGCAAGGACGACAAGCUGUGCGCCACGUGUGUGGUGCCGGGUGCUGAUGGCAAUGGCAAUGUGGGCAUCUGCGGCAAGCAGAACACCUACCGCAACGUGGUCAAUACUCACCUGCGCAAGACUCACAAACUGACAAACGAGGAUGCACAGGUGGGUGAAGGGCCAAAUGGCUGUGGGUGGGCCUUAUCUACGAGUGUUUGACAUUGUGCGUUGCCUGCAGCUGCUGCUUGUCGGCCCUCAGUCACUGGCGCCCUCAACCGCCGCCACACACACACGUACGGUGCGUGUUUGCCUUCUGCUUGUCUGUCCAUCAUGACUGCUGCAUGCUGUGUGUGUGUGUAAACAGCUGUCACGCCCUUCGUGUUUGCCGGCAGUGUGAUCCACCCAAGUGGCAGCGGCGCAGAUACGUGAGUGAGCACGUUCACACGUCGUGGUGUGGCUGUCUGUGGACACGUCCGCGCGUACGUGUGUGCAGGCCAUCCCUCGGUGUUCUGCCGUUUGACGCCAUACUCACCGACUUGCAAGCGCCGAUGGCUGCUGCUGCUGAAGACAGCAGCGUGACGCGGGAGAUCGGACAGACAGACACGCUCACACGCGAGGAGACCGACCCUUGGGCUGACGGAUGGGUCAACAGCGUCAUCGGCGCUCAUAUGGGCCAUUAGUGAGUGUGCUUGGCGUGCCUCUAUAUGACCGGUGUAAUGAUGUGGCUUGUCUCUGGGUGGGUGUCUCGCGUGUGUGUGUGUGUGUGUAUGUGUCUCGUCCUUGUGUCUGGUCCUUUGUUCUACCUGCCUGGAAUCUGCGCCGGUCAUUUUUGACUCGUUUUGUGUCCGCAUCAGCCACAGAGGGAUGAGCGACG